ACAGCUCUUGGACACCGCCAUUUCCACCGCCUUGAAGGAAAGCAAACCCGUCUACAUCAGCGUCAGCUGCAAUCUAUCGGGAAUUCCACAUCCCACUUUUAGCGGCGAUCCAGUUCCCUUCUUCCUCUCUCCCAAGUUGAGUAAUCAAAUGAAUUUGGAGGCCGCCGUGGAAGCCGCGGUAGAGUUCCUGAACAAGGCCGCGAAGCCGGUGAUGAUAGGGGGCCCAAAGCUCCGGGUGGCCAAGGCCGGAUCGGCGUUCGUGGAACUAGCCGACGCGUGCGGCUACGCGAUCGCGGUGAUGCCGUCGGCGAAGGGGCUCGUUCCCGAGAACCACCCGCGGUUCGUCGGCACCUACUGGGGCGGCGUCAGCGCGGCCUGCUGCGCCGAAAUCGUGGAGUCCGCCGACGCUUACCUCUUCGUCGGGCCCAUCUUCAACGACCACAGCUCCGUGGGCUACUCCCUCCUCCUCAAGAAGGAGAAGGCCAUCGUCGUGCAGCCUAACCGGGUGGUGCUCGCCGACGGCCCGGCCUUCGGGUGCGUUCUCAUGGAGGAUUUCCUCCGGGCGCUCGCCAAGCGGGUCACGUCCAACACGAUGGCCCACGACAACUACCGCCGGACCCUCGCGCCCGCCGGCGAAGUGCUAGAGUCCCAGCCCGACGAGCCUCUCAAGGUCAACGUGCUCUUCAAGCACAUCCAGAACAUGUUGUCGAGCCACACGGCCGUCAUCGCGGAGACCGGCGUUUCUUGGUUCAAUUGCCAGAAGCUGAAGUUGCCGGAGGGAUGUGGAUAUGAAUUCCAAAUGCAGUAUGGCUCAAUCGGCUGGUCAGUGGGCGCGACGCUCGGCUAUGCUCAAGCUGCAAACGAUAAACGUAUCAUUGCCUGCAUCGGCGAUGGUGGCUUUCAGAUGACAGCUCAGGAUGUUUCUACCAUGCUCAGAUGCGAGCAAAGGAGCAUCAUAUUCCUCAUAAACAAUGGAGGAGAGAUACAUGAUGGCCGAUAUAAUGGCAUCAAGAACUGGAACUACACUGCUCUGAUCGAUGCCAUCCACAAUCGUGAAGGCAAAUGCUGGACAACAAAGGUUCAGAGUGAGAAGGAGCUGAAGGAGGCAAUUGUGGUAGCAACCAAUGAAAAGAAUGACUGUUUGUGUUUCAUUGAUGUGAUUGUGCACAAGGAUGAUGACACGAACAAGGAAUUGUUGGAUUGGAGCUCAAGGGUUUGUGCUGCCAAUAGUAGACUCCCAAAUCCUCAGUGAAUCUCUUCGACAUGCUAACUUCAUCAAUUAUUAUUCCAAAUAAUUUUUGUCAAAGAUAUAUCAACAAUGAUGUGAAUAAGAUAUAUUUUUGUGGCGAUUUUGUGAUGAUCUUCCUUCUCUUCAAGGAUAAAAAAAAG